AUUCAGACCACUUGCAGCUUCAAUCUCAAAUUUUUACAAAUUUCUUGACCGACCUUUCAACCUGUACCUCGUUUUACUCAUUAAGAGUCCCAGAGUUUACGUUUUGAGUUUGGAGUUUUAUGUAUUUUUCUGAUUCUGAUUUUGCCUUCGCCCACUCACUCCAUUUCUUUGCCCAUACUUUGUUUAUAAAAGUUAUUGUUGGAAUUUGAGUUGCAUGUCGAUGACGAUUUGCGAUCACUGCAAUCAAAUUUAUGUAUGAUAUAUGUCAAUAUCCAUUAGGCACAUUACCUUGAUUGAUGUUACUGCCGCCAAUCCGAAGCCGGUACCGGUAUAUGUACCCCUCCAACGAUAUCGUACAAUAAACGCCUAGGGAUAUCCGACAUUGUACUGUUUGUCUCAAAUAGAAGCAUCGCGGAGUCAAGUGAGCUUGAUCUUGAGGGAACCAUCUUAAACUGUCAAUACCUUGUUGAAUCCUGUCAUCGUUCAAUACACAUCGGAAUUUGUAUCGGAUAGGACUUGUGGGAGCAAAGAGCGCGUCGUCAUUAAAUUGUAACAGCAUUUACCGACAAACUCUAUAUAUUGAUCGUCUGGAAAUCCUGGGACCUCUCAGUAACAUAUUGUAUGAUCAAACAAAAGACGACAUCGAACAUUGGGGGGGAAACAACUCUGGCUUUAGAGAUACCAUUCUGGAAGACGAUGAUUCCUAAAAGAGAGGUUUGAGCAAGUCUCCAUUCAUAUAUUCUUCUUCCCGGUCAGGUCAGGUCAGGUCAGGUCAGGCAAUUUCGAAUACCUCCACUCCACUUCACCCACUUCCAUUGGUCCCCUACAAGUCACAACCCUCGAUUAGAAAAGUGGCACGUUCCGAUUUCAGUCCCAGACUCCCAGACUCCCAGACUCCCAGCACAAAUAUCAUAAAUACUUGGGUAUUUAAUUAAGACGUCGCCGUCCGGAUCCUGCACCUACCACAGGCGAUACCAUACUAUAUAUAAAACUCGGCAUCGAUAAGUCGGGGUCAAUAUCAUAAUUGGAUAGAAAAUACGCUCAAUCCCACUCCCACUCCCAUUCCCAUCCCCACUCUCAAACUCAAACUCAAUCUCAUUUUCACAAGAGAGGGAAGAAGGAACGGAAAAGGGAAAGGGAAAAAAGGGGACGAAGCCCAUCUUUGUUUUAGCAGAGAAGAUCAAGUUGAAAUAACAAAAUCGGGGAAAAGGGUAGAUCGUCAUUCUUUUCUAUUGUCGAGACUUACGUAGGUGGUUGAAGGAGAAUCAUUCACAUCAAAGUCGCAAUUUACACACAGAGUCCGACUGCCUUAUUAUUAUCAUUAUUAUUAUCAUUAUUAUAAUUAUUAUUUAGUCGCAACAGCAGAAAAAGAGAGAACCAGAUUGGCUUGCGAUUAAAAUACAAGGGGCCCAUUAUUGAUACAGUACAAUUUACUAUCCACUUAUCCACCAAUUUUAAACCUCGACUUCUAUUCCCGACAAUGCCAUCGUUAUCUUACAGUACAACAACAGAGGAUCGUCUGCCAUAUCCACUACCUACGAACAAUUCAGUAUCAAAUUCAAGAUUCAACAAUUCCUCUGCCAAUUCCACUUUGAAUGCACCGGUCAAUCGUCUACAACGCAAACCCUCGUUUGGGAACCCUCGCCAGAUUGCGCCCCCUCUUCAAAAUGAAUCUCACGAUGCAAUAGGGGAAUCGCGAAGACAGCCGAGGCAACCCCAUAGUCGCUCUAGUAGUACAAGCGGUGUUAAAGAACCAAUCGGAAAUUUCAAUCGGUGGAGUCAAUCGACGACUUCCAGUGCCGGAGGACAUAUUCGGAGUCGUUCUAAUUCCAUCUCACGUUUGAGUUUUGGCGGAUCCGGAUUGAAUGGGAAUGGUGUUGGCCAAUCUCCCCCAAGAAAAUUACAAAAGAGUCGACCUUCAAUUGAUAACAGCCCUCAGACGAGAAGACCGACAGACCGACCUGCGAACCCCCCUCUACCGUCAUCCCUCCCUCCGAUUAUUACUCUACCAAUUGAUCAGCAACCCGGAAACCAUUCCCCAUCGCUGUCAAGUGCGUUGACCCCUUCCACGGCUGGAUUGUUAUCGGCCGCUGUUCACCAGACUGUGCCCGAUUACUUUGGAAAAUCUUGGGAAGGUUCUAGACCCAGAGAUAUCUCUCAACGACGAUCGCCCUCAAGAUCAGGAAAUCACAGUAUUAGUCCUUCACCAAUAUCGGCUUUCUCGACUGACACAGCAACACGCCAUCCUCCAUCUGAAGAGGAAUCACGAGUGGCGAGGGGCCAUUCAAGGAACCGUUCAAGGGCCGAAAAGAGUAGUAGUUCUUCUCGCGGCUCUAAACAGCCCUCACAAAAAGCCAUGCUGUCCAAAGCUUUGCAGAAAGCGAAUACGGCAGUAUUACUUGACAAUGCGCAAAACUAUGAAGGCGCCAUGCAGGCGUAUUCUGAGGCGUGUAAUUUGUUACAGCAAGUCAUGGCUCGUAGUUCAGGAGACGAGGAUCGACGCAAGCUGGAAGCAAUUCGUAACACUUAUACUAGCCGGAUAAAUGAAUUGGCCAAGAUUACUCCCGAGUUAAGUGAUGAAAAGGCACUUCCUGCCAGGCCCGAAAGCACAGACUUUAGGUCGGAAUACAGACCAGACGAGCUUCCAAUGAGUGAUGAAGAUGAUGAGCCUGCUAUCGUAGAGACAGCCACAAUUACGAGGAUAGUUAACGAUGCUUCUUACCCAAACGAACCUCAGCGGGAUCGAUCAUAUUCGAGGAAUCGUCAAUCCCACUCGCGAGGAGAAUCUUCGUCCUUCGAACCUCCCCAGACGCAGACUAGAAAUCACCCUGACCAACGAUCCAACUACUUCUCUAGAUGUAAUCAAUCUCAAGGACGAAACAUUGAAACGAGCUUAGCCGUACCUAUGGAGAGCCAGUACAUGCCACCACCUCUGUCUCCAAGGCGACCUGUGUCACCGAUGACAUAUGGUCCAUCGAGCUCCGGUCAUAGAAGACAGAAGUCUUCCGAGCCGCCGAGCCCAAAAUCCAACUCUAAUUUAUCUGCUCCGUCUCCAUCUAAAGGGCAUACACGAGCACCCAGUAAUGAAUCCAUGUCGUGGUUAGAUACCAUUGAUGAGUCUGGCGGAUCGGCUGCUUCAUCUGUACAUUCUAGAUCCUCGUCACUACAUGUAAGGAGGAAACAUAUUCGUGCUUCUAGCGGUCAAACUGAAGCAGAAUUCGAUGCAGCACUGGAUGCUGCCGUUGAAGCGGCUUAUGACGAUGGCUUCGAGCCUGUAAAUUAUGACGAUGAUGAUGACAAUGAAGAACUUGUAGCAAGUGUCAGGAGAAAGAUUGAGUUGGCAAAAGAAAGGGUGCGCCAAAACGAACGAGAAGCUGCUAUAGAGGAUGCACACGAAAGAGAACGAAAACGAUUGUUUCAACAAAUGCAAGAGCCACAUAUUGGUCCACUUGAUGACUAUGAGGGAAAUGAGUCAGAAGAGGAAGAGAGGAUGCUUGAAGAAAUGACUAGAGGUUACGUGAUGGAUGAUUUUGAAUUCGGUCUACAGUCGAAGUCGGCACUGCCUAGGGAAUCUGAUUCCAGUGGUUCGUUCUCGGGCCGGACUUGGCAUAGCUCCAGUGGUUCCAUACCCCCGCUCACCAAUAUCGCCGCAGCAUCAACGACAUCACCAGUUGUUUUAUCGCAACCUCAAGUUCAGCCACCUCACCCGCCGCCUUCUCAAGCAUUGCCUGCACCACCAAACCUUGAUGGUAGCCCGGUACGAAGAAGUAGUCCAGCGCAGAGUGUUCGAAGCAGAAGGCUAUCAGGUCAGAAUGCCAAACAAUUAAAAAUUGAGACAUCAUCAAGGUUGAUUGAAGUUCAAAAUGCUCCCUUGACUCUACCUCCAUCAAUACCGCCACCACAAAUUCCAGAUGGCUUUGCAGGUCCCAAGACUGCCGGCUUACUGCAACACGGACUAGGUUCGAUCAGCCUUCGAACAGCUAUUCCCACACGACAAGGUUCAAUUUCAGGACCGAGCUCUUCAGAUUAUACUUCUCCUCCGACAGCAUUCCUUACCCAGACACUCACAAAUGAUAGUAACGACAACUUCAACUCUAUACCUCGAUCAGGAUCACCAAACCGUUCCCACUCGAGAGCAGGACUGCGAAAGAAUUUUUCCUCGUCAAGUUUGAAGAAGGUCCGAAGCCAUACUAUGUCGAUUUCCAAUUUGGACGAAUUUGGCGAUGUCAUGCCACCUACGCCAAUGACUGGACAAGGUAAUCAUAUCAAUGGAAGGAUGCCUGCUAUGCCCACUCUACCAACACCGAUUGCUGCCGCCUUUAAAGAGAAGAUGAACGGUGCACCUACUGGAGGCCUUUAUCUUUUCAACAAUGAUCUUCACUCUCCAGAAAGCCCUGGUUCGCCAAAUCCAAUGAGUGCAGGUGCCCCAAUUCCAUUGGAGCCUUGUCCGACAGAAUAUCUCCUUCGUCCAUUCUGGCUUAUGCGAGCUUUGUAUCAGACUAUUGCGCAUCCGAGAGGUGGCUAUCUAUCCACUAAAUUGUUCAUACCUCGAGAUGUAUGGCGUGUGAAGGGUGUUAAAAUUAAGGGAGUCGAAGACAAAAUUGCUAGUUGUGACUUCCUCACAGCAGCUUUGAUGAAGCUAGGUCAAGUUGAUACUUAUGAUGCUGAUGCUGUUUUGGAAGAAAUGCAAGCUUUAGAAGGUAUUCUGGAACAGGUCCAAAUCACACUCAGUAAAAAGCUGGGCAAUGAAGUUGGCGUACAUGGCUCGAAUGGAAUGUUCAAGGAUGCAACAACUAUGGGCGAUCCUAUGGACUUUGCUAGUACGAGUACUAAAUCUGGGAAUACAUCUAGCAAGACCUCUUCAUUCUCAUGGAGACGCCUACGUUCGAAGAAUUCCGCUAUGGGUCUCGCCAAUAAUUACUCAAAUAAGGUCACGUCUCCUGAGAUACCUAAGGAAGGGCUAACUAUGGGUACAUUACCUAUGACCUCUGCCCCUAGAUCUCGAUUCGCCAAGAGAGAUGUUAGUCAAGUGCAAUUUUCUGGACCGAAUGCAAAUUAUAUGAGUGCUUUGGCGAAGCUAUUUGACGCUGCACAAGCUAUUGAUCAAAUUGCACGUCAAGUUGAAGAUCCUGGUCUUCGCCAUGCGGAUAAAACUCAAGUUGGGCUCGAACUUUGCACUCGUCACGCAGCUGAGUUCUUCGGAUUUUACAUCUGUCGUUUUGUGUUGACUGAUAUCUCAUUGCUUUUGGACAAGUUUAUCAAAAGAGGAAGUGAAUGGGUUCUAGUAUGAAUCUUGCAUUUGUUAUUUGUGGUGAUAGUUUUUGGAUGUUAUUGUGCUUUCGGGAUUAAGAGCUGGAAGAAUACAUUGAAGGAAGAAAGGUCAUGCUUUCUAAUUUUUUAUUAUUGUGGGAACUUUCUGUGACAAGGAUGAUGGAAUUGGAAUGGAGUAUUGUGUUGUGAAUGGGCGUCUUUGGGAUGGAUGGAAUUAUAUUAUACCUAGGUACUUGCCAUAUAAAAUUAUGGACGUGGGUUCUUGGAAUGGAUGGGUGGUGGCGGCUUGCAUGCAUUCGUAACUUUUGAUGAACGAUACCAUUACAGAGAAAUUGAAGGAAAAGAUAGGAUUGAUGAAGUGGAGGAGUCACAUCGUAUGAUAAGAAGAGAAGGAAUAUAAAGGGGUUAAGAGGAGUAAGAGAAUGGAAAAGAGGGAUUUUAUGAUCGAAGGGCGUUUGUAUAGCUGCCUAUUUGCGUAUAUUUAGAUACCUAUCAAUACUGGUACUAAUGGAUGAACAUCAGAUGAUAAAUGAAGAGGAAGAAAAGGAGAAGGGAACAAGAGAUAGCGUGAUGGAAUCUGAGAAGGGGAUGAGAUACUGAUUGAGAGGAAUGAAUUGAAGGAUAUAUUUUUAUAUUAUAUUGUGUGAUUAAAUGAAUGAGGGUUGUAUUGCAUUAUAUGGUAUUGCUUUAUAUUAUCGUAUAGUGUAUUCUAUCGCAUGUAUUGUAUUGUAUUAUAAUUACUAUAUGA